UUUGGAGUCGGAGCAGCAGAGAUCUCUUCACACACUCUCACACACGGACUAACCCUGAAUCUCUGUACGGACUCUGAAGGACCCGAGGACCUGAUCUGAUCUGGAUUAACGUUUUCUUUGGACUCUAUUCCGGGAUUUUAACAGCUGCCUGUCCGCGCUGUGGAUAUCUUUUCUUAUCCUGGAUCUUGUGGAUUAUUUUACUGACUUCAACAUGACUCUGGAAGAAGUCGUCGGAUCCAACAGCACCGAGAAAAAGAUGGAGACGGUGAGUCAGGCUCUGGAGGAGUUGCUGGUUGCGGCUCAGAAGCAGGACUGCCUCACUGUUGGAGUCUACGAGUCCGCCAAGCUCAUGAAUGUUGACCCGGACAGUGUCGUUCUGUGCGUCCUCGCCACUGAUGAGGAGGAUGAAGAUGACAUCGCGCUGCAGAUCCACUUCACGCUGCUGCAGGCUUUCUGCUGUGACAAUGACAUCAACAUCCUGCGCGUGUCCGGCGUGAGGCGGCUGGCUCACGUGCUGGAAGAGGACACCGGGGACAGCAACGGCAACGAGCCACGAGACCUGCACUGCAUCCUGGUCACUAACCCUCCCCUGCAGCCUCUGCAGAGCGCGGCCCUGCAGAACGUCAGCAGCUUCUGCGAGGAGAGCCGCUGCAGGAACCAGUGGGUCCCGUACCUGGACCUGCAGGACCGCUGAACCGUGUCGAGCCGAACCGAGUGAGACCGCUGCAGAGCGGUGAGAAGGAGUCCAAACAGCCGUCCUCCUGCUGGAGAAGAAUAAAGGCGUUUGUGUUGAGAGAGGGACCGGACCGAGCUGAGCCGGACCGAGCUGAGCCGGACCGAGCUGAGCCGGACCGGGUCUGCCUGUUGCCUGAUAAAGGGGGGGGUUGAGUUUCCCGGGGGGCGCGUGAGAUGCUGGUACCGAACGGGUUCAGAAAGCCGAACCCGGAGUCCCGUUAAAGAGGAGUAGGACUUUGCACGAGGAUCCCGGUCCUGGAGCUGCAGAGAGCGCGAGAGUUUAAUGAACUGUCGCGUGACUGGCCGGCAGCAGCUGGAGGUCACGAGACUGAACUGAACUGAGGAGUUGCACGUGAAGCUCAGCUGAGCCACAGGUGCUCACACAUUAUGAACUGGACAUGUGACGUCACGUUUGAGUAUUUUCUGUUAUAAGUGAUGUGACGGAGUAGUGACGUAAGAGCUGAUGUUUUUUUAAUUUAAAGGAGCAGAGUAAUAUAUGAGUGAACACGCCUGUUACAAUGUGAUCAAUAAAUUAUUGAAGGAGAA